AGACUGACAGUCUAACAGGUACACGCAUGUUGUUAGCAUGUCCACUUUCAAUUCGAACAAGCUAGAGGCUUGACUUUCAAGCUGUAUCUUUUGAAUAACAAAGACACGUUAAACAUAAGAUAUUCUCUAACCAUCAGUUACAACAGGAGCAAACAGCACUGCGUUCCAGUUGAUCGAGCAGCCUGCAGAAAGGGAUCCGUGUAGAUUACUGAGAUAGAGCGUCUCAGUCAGGAGACAUAGUCAGCUACAUUGUGCUUGCACAACAAGGCUAGUUAUACAGACAUGGCAAGGGGCACUACUGCACUGGAACAGUGUCAUACAACUUCCUGGUCCCAGAGCAUCCACUGCAUCUAGAGUUACUCCUACCUACCACACCACACGUGUUGGCUGAAUACCUUCACAAUGGAUGGACGGUCGAAGCCUACCCGCAAACCCUCCAUGGAACCCUACUACACAGGUUGGCAGUACCGCUUUCCUUCCACCAAAAGUGUGUUUAAUGGGUUUGCUAACCGCUACAAUGGCAAGAACGACCUUGACCCGAGUAUGCAAGGGUCAUUCAGCGAAGACACGUCAGAAUCACCAGCAUGUUCCAAACCUCGUGCUGUCUACAUCACAAUCUUCAUCUUGGUCCUCCUGGUCCUCGCGGGAAUAGCCGCUGCCAUCGCCACCGCCGUCCUCGUGACCAAUGGUGUCAAGUACCAGUACACCAGGGCGGAGGUAAAGCUUCGUGUAGUGAAUGUCAACUACACCGAGGCGCUGUCAGACAAAACGUCGCUCGAAUUUAGAGAACUUCAAAAUGAGUUUUGUUCAAAUGUCGGCAGCCUUGUGGAUAAAGACAAAUCUACAACCGGAUACGAGGGGUGUACAGUUGAAAGUGCAAGUAACGGCUCCGUCAUCAUUGUAGCACUGUUCUACUUCGCCGUUCAAACCCCAGCUCCUGUGCAGGUUGCUGUGACAAACAUCUUUAAAGCCCCCUCAUCCCCAACCACGACAGUGUCGAUCUACGUCAUCGAGACGGGGUCUGUGACAGUUGUUGUGGCCACCGUAGAUGAGACGAGGCCAGGCUACACCAGCAGUAAAGCCAGUGGCCGAAAAACCUCAAACCUCACGCCUAGUUGAAACAUCAAAGGCGGGUGUAGUUGAAACAUCAAGCCCAGAUAUUAAUGUCAAAAUAUCAAGCUCGGAUGGAGUUAUC